AAGAAGUUGGGCAGCAGCUCCAGGAGGACUUGAUGAAGGUCUUGAAUGAGCUUUAUACGGUGAUGAAGACCUAUCAUAUGUACAAUGCCGACAGCAUUAGUGCUCAGAGCAAGCUGAAGGAGGCAGAAAAGCAGGAAGAAAAGCAGAUUGGCAAGUCUGUGAAGCAAGAGGACAAGCAAACCCCACGCUCCCCUGAUUCAGCUUCUAGUGUCAAGUUUGAAGAAAAACAUGUCCGACGGAGCUCAGUCAAGAAGAUUGAGAAAAUGAAAGAGAAGCGGCAAGCAAAAUACACAGAAAAUAAACUGAAGGCUAUUAAGGCACGAAACGAAUAUCUACUGGCUCUGGAGGCCACCAAUGCAUCUGUGUUCAAGUAUUACAUCCAUGACCUGUCUGAUCUCAUUGAUCAGUGCUGUGAUCUAGGAUAUCAUGCCAGCCUUGGCAGGGCACUCAGGACAUUCCUGUCAGCAGAGUUGAACUUGGAACAAUCAAAGCAUGAAGGCCUGGAUGCCAUUGAGAAUGCAGUGGAGAACUUGGAUGCUAACAGUGACAAGCAGCGUCUCAUGGAGAUGAGCAACAAUGUCUUCUGCCCACCCAUGAAGUUUGAAUUUCAGCCUCAUAUGGGUGACAUGGUCUUCCAGCUGUGUGCCCAGCAGCCAGUGCAAAGUGAGUUGGUUCAGAGAUGUCAGCAGCUCCAGUCUAGGCUAUCCACACUAAAGAUUGAAAAUGAAGAGGUUAAAAAAACAAUGGAGGCCACACUGCAAACUAUCCAGGAUAUUGUCACCAUUGAAGAUUUUGAUGUCUCUGACUGCUUCCAGUAUAGCAAUUCCAUGGAAUCAGUAAAAUCAACAGUCUCUGAAACCUUCAUGAGCAAACCAAGUAUUGCCAAGAGACGGGCCAAUCAGCAGGAGACAGAACAGUUCUACUUCACAAAGUUGAAGGAAUAUUUGGAAGGAAGGAAUCUGAUCACCAAGCUGCAAGCUAAGCACGAUCUCCUUCAGAAAACUCUGGGAGAAAGUCAAAGAACAGACUGCUCCCUUGCCAGCAGCAGACGCAGCUCUACCAUAAGGAAGCAGGAUUCUAGCCAAUCAAUUCCCUUGGUGGUAGAGAGCUGCAUACGAUUCAUUAGCAGACAUGGACUGCAGCAUGAAGGAAUAUUCAGGGUGUCAGGAUCUCAGGUUGAGGUGAAUGAUAUCAAAAAUGCAUUUGAAAGAGGAGAGGACCCACUGGCUGGGGACCAAAAUGACCAUGAUAUGGAUUCAAUAGCAGGAGUUCUAAAGCUCUACUUUCGUGGCCUAGAACAUCCCCUCUUCCCGAAGGAAAUCUUCCAUGACUUGAUCGCUUGUGUCACAAUGGACAAUCUUCAAGAGAGAGCUCUUCACAUUCGGAAAGUACUCCUGACUUUGCCUAAAACCACUUUGAUUGUAAUGAGAUACCUCUUUGCAUUCCUCAAUCAUUUGUCUCAGUUCAGUGAAGAGAACAUGAUGGACCCCUACAAUUUAGCCAUCUGCUUUGGACCCACACUGAUGUCAGUGCCUGAGGGCCAUGAUCAGGUCUCCUGCCAAGCACAUGUCAAUGAGCUCAUCAAAACAAUAAUCAUUCAACACGAGAAUGUCUUCCCAGGACCAAGAGAACUGGAGGGCCCUGUCUACACCAAAGGUGGAAGCAUGGAGGAUUACUGUGAAAGCCCUCAUGGGGAGACAGCCUCCACAGAAGAUACUACUCAGGACACAGCCCCUGACCACCAUACAAGUGACGAUGAAUGUGAACCCAUUGAAGCAAUAGCCAAAUUUGACUACACUGGCCGAACAGUCCGUGAGCUGUCUUUUAAAAAGGGGGCUUCCCUCCUGCUUUACCAACGGGCCUCUGAUGACUGGUGGGAGGGUCGUCACAAUGGAAUUGAUGGUCUGAUCCCGCAUCAAUACAUUGUUGUUCAGGACACUGAGGAUGGCAUAUCAGAAAGAUCAAGUCCAAAAUCUGAAAUAGAAAUCAAUUCUGAGCCACCUGAAGAAAAAGUGACAGCCAGAGCUGGUUCCAGUUGCCCAAGCGGAAGCCAUGUCGCAGAUAUUUAUCUUGCCAAUAUUAAUAAGCAAAGAAAGAGACCAGAGUCUGGCAGUAUACGAAGAGCUUUCCGUCAAAGUGACAGCCAUGGACUGCCCAGCUCACUAGGAGACUCUGCCCCACCAGGGGCUGUGGCCAGUUCUCGUCCUUCCUCACAACCCAUUAUGAGCCAAAGUCUCCCAAAGGAGGUACCAGAUGCAUGCUCUGUCAGUGGCCAUGGAAGCCUCAAUUCUCUCAGCCGGCAUGCGUCUCUGAAGAACAGGAUAGAUAGCCCCCACAUCCGGAAAAAUGUGACCACAGCAAGGUCAAAGAGCUUUAAUAACCACCGACCCAUGGAUCCUGAAGUCAUUGCACAGGAUAUUGAAGCUACUAUGAACUCUGCUCUGAAUGAGCUGCGGGAGCUGGAAAGGCAAAGCAAUGUAAAACACACACCAGACGUUGUCCUUGACACCUUGGAGCCAUUGAAAACCUCCCCAGUUGUGGCACCCACCUCAGAGCCAUCCAGUCCAUUGCAUACUCAAAUCCUCAAGGACUCUGAACCAGCUUUCCAGCGGAGUGCAAGCACAGCAAGUGACAUUCCCUGCACCUUCAGACCAGCAAAGUCUGUCAAAAUGGCUGCCCACGUCAAACCUCCAGCAACCAGGCCAAAGCCUGUGAUUUUCCCCAAAACAAAUACCACAAGUCCUGCAGUUGCCUCAGCAUCUCAGCAGUCUACUGACAAGUCCUGUACUGUUUGAACUUGAAAUUCUACUGUGAAUAUAGCAUUUUUGUUUUGGGCAAGGGGAACCUCUUUAGGGGACAUUCAAAUGUCUGUUUAAUUAGUAUUGGACUUUUGCUGAAGAUUAGUUUGUAAGUUACUGUUGCCAAGGAUUUGCCCAGCAGGAAAGCUCCAGUUAAUUAAGCCUCAUUUUGUACCUCCAUCAGUGAUACUAGGGCACCACAAGUCUCUGUAGGCUGAGACAUGGCAAGUUUUAUAUAGGGUCACUGUGAAAUCAGUGUGGAAAAGACAGAACUGUUUAGUCUGUUGCUGGUAACUAGUCAAUGCCUUGUUCAAGUGUCUUGUCACUAAGAAAAACUGUUAGUGUUCUUGUAUUUUGGAGGCUGAUAGAAAUGACGUCUAUGCUUCAACCACUACAAGGAAACAAUACAUAUAGUUGAAUCA